CGACCUUGCAAGUAUCAACUUUGUAAAUUUGGUUCAAAACCGAUUGGUGUGUGAGUGUGGGUUCAUUUUUGUGGAUGGUUCUCUUUUCGUUCAAUGAUAAUAAGUGUUAAAAGUGUAAGUCACUAAAUAGUCUGUUUAAUUUUAUUGUAUUUUUCAACACAAUCGCUUGCAUUCGUACGGAAGUGCACUUGGGAUAGAAGUUCUAACAGCUACAUUCAAAAACUGUCUUAUUUAGAGGUCUCAAGUAAUACAAUAACAGCGGUUUCACUAAGACUAAGCUCUUCAAAGGCAAAAGAAGUGCGGCUUUAUUUCAUAAAAUGAAAGUUACAUAGACAAUGAAAUGAGUUUCGGUUGCACUGCAGAGUCAGUUAGUUUAAGAGAAACAAUAAUAUACUUUGCCAAAGUAACAAUACUUUGGCAUCGAAAUUGUUAAGAAAAAGUAUCUUUUUUGUAUAAUUGUAACAUUCGGGUUUGAAAUGUUAUUAAUUAAUUAACCAGGUACAGAUUCGUGUAUUUCGCUGAAAGCUACACUUCAGGUGUAAAGUUUAAAUAUAUUACCCAGCUGCCCAAAACAAAGUAGAGGAAGCAGUUUAUAAAAUUGCGACUUAUUGGUUAAGAUCCAAACCACUGAGCCGCUGCUUUAAAAGAGAGAUGAGACGCUAUUGACGGUAGUAUUUUGAAAAGCUGGUUUGUAUCACAUUGCCGAUAUGCAACAUAUGCAGUAUCCCAGACAUGCUGGCCAACUAAACAACAUAAUACUCUGUUUUCCUCGUCCGGCGUACUAUCUUUUCCACCUGACAUGACUAACUUACGAGUCAAGAUAUUUUUGAAGUUACUCUUGUGAAUUCAUAGUGUUAUGAAGUCAUUUACUUUAUCAAUCCCAGCAAAGUAGCUACUUUUGAAAAUGACGAGAAUGUAAUGAUGUCAUUCUAAUUUUACUGUUCAUCCAUAGAGAUUGCGUAGCGAUCUUUUCAUGUAUAUUUAACCUCGUAUGAUGACUUUCGUUUCCAAGCCUUGUACGUUGCUGAAAUAAAAUAAAAAGUCCAGUUGAUGCACGAGACAAGUGAGCACACACAAACCUAACUGCGCAUUAUAAUCUUAUUAAGGCGUUUCGUUUACCAACAGAAAUUCAAUUUUUUAAGCUUUUCCUCAUAAAGAGGUACUCCAUACAAGUGUUGGUUUUUCUGACAACAAAAGUGACAAUUAUAAAAACAUUUCACUUGUUAACCAGGAAGCUCAUUGAUUGGGUUCAGUAAACCCUGCAAUAUGAAUACCUUUAUUUGAUACAGCAACAAAGACAGCAUAGUAGUAAUAUUAAGAUAGAAGUUUUGUCGGUGUCAAUACGAUUAGAUUUACCAGUCAUUUCUUAUGGAAAGUAAUAUUUGAAGAUAUAAACCAUUCAGGUUUCUCUUCUGAUGCACGCCAUAUGUCACUGCGACCUUAUGUUGCCUGAAUAGUUUUUUACUCAGUACAAUCAGUUGUGAUAACAGGUGAUUUUAGUUACGGCAAAAGUUGUCUACCAAAAAGACAGGUUAAACUUACAAUUUGAUAACUACAGUAAGUGAUGAGCGUCUCGAAAAGGAUGCUUUGUUGAGUCUACUCGUUUAGUAGUUCGGUUUAAUUUACUGUUUAGCAAAGAAAAUAAUAUUUACAUUCCGUUCGUUUAUUCAUCUAUUUUACAUGUGAUUUUCCGACAUCUGUGGUAGACUAGUAAAACCGUAAAGUUCACACAAAUCUAAAUUGCUAGUAAGAAGCAAAACAUGGAAAUCAAAAGGUUUAUCAAAAUCCUUACUGAGCUAAGCAAAUAAUUAACCUGAUUAUUUUCAUUUUCAAGCUGCAGACUGGCUAGAAGGUGGAAUAAUCCUUUUAGGAUUCAUGAAGUCAGUUCACAUGACUACUGGUUUCAGACGAGCGUUGUCAGCGUUCAUUUGUUUAGUGACAGGUCAGGUUGAUUGAUUUCCGAUUGCUUGGAUUAUAAGAGGAGCAGUGGUCAGUUCACCAUCAGUUUUGCUGUUCAUGCGUUUAAAAAACAAGAUGUUUCUGAGCAUUAACUUUUUUACUUCUUGCCUCAGGCUGAUUUAAACGAGUUCUUUAAAAUAGGCUUCGUCUAAAUGUCAGUUUGAACCUUGCAUAGAAAAUGAAACUACGGGUCCUCAAAAUCAUGACAUAUGUUAAUUAGAAAUGCUCGACAGCUUGGCUUUGGCGUUCCACACUGUGAUCUGUACAUACGUCUACUAUAUUCCCUGGCCAGAAACCGAUUUUCAUCAUUAAUUACUUCUCUUGAUUUUCUUCUAAUUUCACGUAUUGCAAGGUAAACCACCGUACAUUGCUCUGUCUCGUUUUUAUCUCAAGAAUUGUUACUCUACUGAAUGUUUAUAAAUAUCGAUGCUGUUUUUUGGAUUAAAUAAUCAUCGUCAAAAACAACAACUUAACCACUAUAAUUAUAUCAUUGUAUCCCUAUGUUCGUAAAAUGUUUUCAUAUAAUCUGUAUUCGUUUGUCUGUAUUCUUGGUACUGUUUUAUCUAGACGAAUAGACGCCAUGUGUCUAAAAGAUACCUGAGGAAGUAGUUAAAUAUUUUGGUAAGUAAAAUGUUUCAUUUUUCCGAGUGCCUAACUUGGAAUGCAACCGUACUCUGCGAAAAAUCAACUGUUCCAUCAUUUCAUGUCGAUUUAGAACGCAAAACAACACCUCCAGAAUUUUCUGCUGAAACAGUGAUCAGGGUGAUUAAUUUGAUAUUACUAGUUUAAAUAAGAUCAUUCAAAUAAAUGUUUUAUCUUGUAGCUUGGAACUUUGUCGUGCAAGUUGUAGUUCACUGUUUUGAUCGCUCAGUUCUCGAUUGCUGUCACUCUGUUUAACAUACCAAAGUUUAAACAACCAAUUAAUAUCGUUAUCUUCCGGAAAAUCCUUGUGGUUUAUUGUUUUUUAAAUUUGUUGCUAAGUAGUGACUCUAUAAUAACCUAACCUUUUCUGUUUAUCCCAUAAGACCACACUGUAGAUAACCUAAAUUAGUCAUUACUAACUGUUGUAAAACCCAAAUGUAUUAGGGUUCACCCUUCAAAUCCUACACAGUUUGAACUUUCUUAUAGUAAUGCCUAAUACAUUCGUAUAUCAAAGUCAAUUAAAAUAACUUCCUUAAAGCUAAAUCCUGCGGGAAGUCAUCUCACUGUUAUAAUUUCAUAGUUCAUAACUUUAAAGCCUUUCACUAUGAUAACCCACACCUAAAACUAAUGCUUUUUUAAACUUUUUAGGGCCGUUGUCGUCCAUGGAAUCACCUGAGAAGCAAACUCCCAGGACUAGCAAUGCAUUUAAAAACAAGCCUGGGCGAGGUCGAACCGCCUCACACGUCAAGAGGUCUAAUGAUAGGACAAGUCGUUCAAUGGCUAGUAGACGUACAUCUGUAGACUCAAGGAAAAAAAGUAAUCCCAAAUGUAGUAGAGGAAAAGCUUAUGCUAAGCUUAUUCAAACCAAAUCUCAACGCAGAAUCCCGAAUGGUCGUGUUGCUAGCCGUUCUUCUGCUUUGUACAGGUUAAAAUGCAGAACUUCACAGGCUGUGUAUGUUAAUAAACGACCAUAUAGGCGUCGUAUUCCAAAUGUCAAUUCUCAGGCAAAUACUUCAAAUACUUCACCACAAACUAACUCUGAGUUUGGUAUCAUUCCUAAUGAUGAAAACCCAGUUGAGCAGGUUCAAUCGAUCAGUUGUUCCAACAGAACAACAGGUCUUAAACGAAAAUACACUCGGCGCAAUUCAUCUUCAAGAUUUUCUUAUACUAGAAAACCCAAUGCUAGAAGUACGCAGUCCAACUACACUAACUCAAUUGUUGAUUUUAAUAACUUGGUUAAAAAACAGGAAGCAUUUGUACGGGCUUUUGCUAUUCCAACACACUUGUAUAGAUAUCUUUCCCAUCGUCAUCGUGAUCGUCCGUUAUAUCUGGACCGUACUCUCAGCUAUUUGAUGCCAAAUCCAUCCCGUAAACAGUCGUCUGGUUCACGUCGAAGCAUAAACAAAAUUGUAGAACGUCUAAUUGAAAGACGAAAAGAUUGCAGACAGAAUGAUGAAUCGAAGGAUUCCAGUAAGUACUCAGAAUCCAUUUCCUCUUCCUCUUCAACGACUCCUGGUGAAUUGCCUCAAGAAUUAGAACUCGUUUUUGAAGGCUUUUACGAUAGUGAAAAAGAAGUGGAUUGGGUCACCGUGGACGCUUCUGUUAAUGUUCAUUUACGCUUUGGAUGGGCAUGGCGCCGUAAAAUAUGCCCAGAUGAUACAAUUUUAAAUAUAACGCCAAAUCCAAUUCGAAUAAAUUGUUACAGUCAUUCAACUGGCUACACUUCCCUAGUUAACUCACCACCUACUUCUAAUAAUGAUAAUAUUAUUACUGCUACUACAAAUACGACCCAUACCGCUUGUCGUUUCUCUUUAACCGAUCUAAUUAAUCAAGUUAAAUGGAAUACAUCUAGUGGUCGUUUAACAUCUGCUCAAUUGGAGUUACAUGUUUCCGCCACUGAACGACGUUGGUUAAAACGUCCCGAUUUAAGUCAUGGAGCAGUUAGUUUGAAUGGAAUUACUCCAAACAUUUCAAACAACUUAACAAAUCAUAUUGUUAAUCAUAUAAACCAUAACAAUAAUAGUAAUAAUAACCUAUCCCAAAAUUUGUCUAAAAGUGUUCAUACUGAUGGGAAAAACAACAAUAGCCAUGUAACAUUUAUCAAUGGUAAUCCAUUGCGUAAAGGUGGUUUAAGUUCAAAUUCCUAUCCAGUUCAAUAUGCUACAGCUCCAUUACCUUUGAUCGUAUCUUCAAUUGGUUUCGACAGUACCAGUACCGGUCGUCAACUGCUUCUGACUCCUGGUUUAUAUGAAUUACGCCUUGGUGUAGACACGUCCGACGGCAAUGGUAGUAGUGGUGGAGUGAUGAAUAAAGUUGUGCCAUUAAAAUGUUUAGAUGACAAUGUAAGUGAAAAGUCAUAUGUUUCGGCUAACAACGACCAAGCAAGUGACACGUGCUCUAGUCAAGUUGAAUGGAGGCGCAUUCGGUUUCCUAAUUCUUCCACGGCACUAGACGAGUAUUCUCGAUGGCCUCGUCUUCGGUUUUCUGUCAUAUGGCAUAAUAAAUUGGAAAAUAAUCAGAUCAUCUCACCUUGUAGAUCGAUGGAAACUCGAAGACAAGAUAAUACCCAUGUACAUAUGGAGGGUCGAUCCUCUCUUACACGUUCCAUGACAAGUUCUCAUAAUCGAGAUGUAAUCAAGUCUCAAAAUCAGUCUGCCACACCGCAUAAACAAAUAGUUUUGAAGGAGUCUUGCGAUUCUUCUGUAUUCAAAGAUUCAACCGGUUUAGAUAAAUGUCUCUCUAAUCGUGUACAACAAAGUCUCUCUGCUCAUUUCGGACCAGACGUUGAUAAGCCCACGUCUACGAAGACGCCACACUUAAUUCAUCCAAUCACAUACGGUUUUGUAUUCGGGGGUAAUUUACAACAAUGGUCUCAGUCCACUGAUCUUGUUUGCCCAUGGUGCCACUUAGAUUGUGCUCGUGCUGGUGAUAAAGGUCCUGAAGCCUUGAUUCUUCAUCUUCGAACUUGUCAUCCAAGAUUUCGUCUCAAGGUUAUAUGGGAUCCAUCACAUACACAGUUAAGCCUACAAGUUUCAUUAAAUGAAGCAUAUGACGGUUCAAAUGAUUGUGGUAUACGUAGAUGGUGUCCGAGCGGUCGGAAUAUUUUCGUUUUACGACAUCAUGUCAUUCCAUCAUCUGGUAGUUGUGCUGCCCUAGGUAUAAAUAGUAAUGCCAAACAGUCAGGUAAUCAAGGUCGUCAUUCUAUUUCUCCAACUCUGAUUGAUGCCACUGUUCGAAUUCGUUGUCCUGUUCGACGAUUGCCGUACACACAUUUGAUAUUUUGGCGUGGUGCUGAAUUAUCAACUGAUCAGUUACUUGAUCCUACAUUAUCGGUACGACCUAUGGUCACUGGACAUAAUCGUAUUUAUUAUCAUACACGUACAUCCCAGCCUGUUCGUGCUUGUGAAUUUGAUGUGGACUCUGAAGCGGAAGAUGCUCCAGUCUGGCUUCGUCAACAUUAUCAACGUAAAGUGGAAGAGUUCACCGAUGUGAAUCCGGGUGAAAAACAAAUUAUGCAAUUGUGGAAUGCUUUACUACUAUCAAUUCGUCCAUCCGGUUUAGUAGUUUGUGACAGUCAAGUAUUAACAUUAGUCUGUCAAUUUAUACAUCAGCAUAGUCGAUGGAUUCAUAGACGACGUCUACGUACUAAUCUAUUGUUACAUUUAGUGAAUCUUGUUGAUUAUGGCUUAUUAUCAUCUAGUCAAUUGCGUCAAUUAAUGUUAAUUCAUGAUAAACAUGUACAAGAAUUAAAUCCAAUCAACAAUACAUCAGUGAUUAAUAAUCACAUGAUUAAUACACAACCAUUAUCAUCUCCAUCGAACGCUUCAACAACAUCUUUCGUACCCGACUCUAAAUUAGUUAAUCAUAUUAAUAAGUCACAACCAAUUAUGCCACGUCUUCUUCAGAUGUUCUCUUCAACAUCUAGUUCAUAGUGCAAAAAAAUUCAAUGCUGCUUACACUCUUGUUUCCCAAUUUGUAUACUCCUCCCCUCUAUGUAUGUAUGUAUGUGUCCGUGACGUUAAUACUUAGAAUAGUUCGAGAGACGGAUGUGUGUAUGUAUGUGAAUCGAUGCAUUUUUUUAUUUACAGAUGUUUCCGUAUAGGCCAAAUAAAUUGUUUUUUUGGAUUUUUAAUUUUCUUUUUUUUUACAAUGAAAUCACACAAAACAGUAAUUAUCUUUACACAAUAAGUAUGUCUAUGUGUACGUUUCUUCUCUCCUUAGAAUUAUGCUCAAUUUUUUCUCCACUUUUCAUCUUUCCUGUGUGUUUUGUGUAGUUAUUCAGUCGUGUAAAACCUCAACAUCAUUUUGAUUGUUUUGUAUUUUUACAAAAAAGAAUUUCUAGAUUUUACAAAUUCCCAGGGUCUAUAUGUUUGUCUAUAAACUUACGUACAUACAACUAUAAGUAAUUAUUAACGAUAAUGUGACCGUUUUAAUUUUAUAAGCUAUUUGUAUUUCUGUAGUGUAUACAAGUGUUCCUUCCACUUCCCCUUCAUUGUUGUUCAUUUAUUGAAGAUCACUUUUUCCAUUCAACAACUAACUAUCCUCAGGGGACGUUCAUCAGCUUGGUUCCUGGUAGUGUUUUUGGUUCUUUCUGCUCUUUCAUUAUAAUAUAUAUGUGUGUGCUUUCUAUUCAAUUAUAAUCUAUCUUUUCUAGCCUGUUCGUGUGCAUGUAUACACAUACGUUUGUGCCAUGCAUAUUAUUUCGUCAAUUGUAAUAACAAAACCCUAAAAGUCUGUGCCUUCUUCAUAUUGAUGAUGAAUUUCUAAAAAAAUGAUGAAGAGCAGUCUCAUAUUAUCAUUAUCACUAGUAUUAUUAUUAUUAUUAUUACUAUUAAUAGAAUUAUUCUUAUUAAAUUUUGUUUUCAAGAAUACAAAUGUACCAUGUAUGUAUGUUUGUAUAGGUAUACAACAACUUUCUUGUAUAUUACAAUUGUUUAUCUGUUCAAUUAUGAUUGUUUUCUACUCUCAUGUAUAAUUCAACUGUGAGGUGAAAUGUUUAAUGUAAAGAAGAUAAGCGUAAAAAUAGUCAAGUUCAAAAGCUCAUUUAUAUUGACAAGUGAAAGUAAUGUAAUUACUAUUAUUAUAAUUAUUCUCUAGGUAGGAUUUUUUAUUGUCCAUUUAUGGUUAUUAUGACUACUAUUAUUUUUAAUUUUUUUUAGUAAGGUAUCUUCGUUUUUUUCCUGCUCUGAAAUUAUCAGAAGUGCAAAGUAUAGUUUAAUGAAUGACUGACUUGUUUAGUCAUAUUUUUCUCCUGUCUAAUUCAAUGAACAAUGUAUAUUAUUAUAUCAUCAAAAAUAUUUUUCUAUUACUACUAUUAUGUAAUAACCGGUCACUGUCCUCGUUGUUGUUGUUGUUUUCGCUGUUGUUAUGAUUAACUCAGGCUGGUUUGUGUUUCGCACAUAUUAUGAUUGAUCUUAUCACUUUUUCUACUUCUACUCGACAACUAUUAGUUCAAUUAAAUUUUUUCCGACUUAACAUGUAGCUAUGAUUUUCUCUCUGUGUGUGUAUGUACGUUUUCCUUAGUAUACAGGAUGAGUUUAUUUUUGUCUCGAUUAGAUUUUGGUCUCGAAUCCCUUAUUUUGGUUUGCUUAUUUAGUUUGACUAUUCCAGAUGAUGACGACGCGUUUCAUUCUUUGUGUUUGUAUGUGUGUAUGUUUUAGGAAUAUUUAUUUGUCUCCCUGUCCCUCCUCCCUCUACUUAUGAUUAUAGGAGUUUUUUGUGGCGCAUUGAAUUGUGCGAACACUUAUUCUUGUAUGAUUUGUUGAUUAAUUUUGUCCUAUGUACUUAGGAUUUAUACAUGUAAUACGUAUUAGCUUUAAUUGUCAUUUAAACAACUGAUGAGUAAAUUUUUCUACAUACACAUAUAUACUUAAAUAUUUGUUUACUGUAAUGCCAUCUUCAUGUUUGUAUGUGCUUUCUACAUUCUAUGCUCAUUUCUUUCUUUUUCAUACAAUCAUCUUUGUUUAUCUAUUCGCAGGAAAUUGACUCCUGAUCUUGUCCUAUUUUACAUUCUUCUGGCAGCUACCUGUUCUUUUGUGUGUUAUGAUACGACCAUGUUUGCGCGUGCAUACACACACGUACAACAUUCUUUUGAUAUCUUUAAGACUAAUGUUUCCUUUUUGAGAUAUUAUCCCUCUAUGUUUGCUUAUCGAGAGAGUUUUGUAUGUAUCUGUGUAUGUUUGUAAUCGUUCCAUCUCAAUUACCCUUUACAUUUUAUACUUUUUUCAAUAUAGUAAUAGUAACAAUUUUUUGUAAAAGAUGUUUCCAUCUACUUUUUUAUAUCCAAACGUAUAUACAUGUUUAGUUAUUAAGAAGAGUGCUUGAUGCACUGCAUAGGCUUUUCCUAUUUCAAAAUAAAAAUUUCUUCUAAUUAUUUAUUCGCAUUUGUUCUUGUCCAUAGUUUUAUGCUGUGAUUGUUUUUGCCUCAUGUUCGUACUGUUGUCAUGUACGCUGUUGUUGUUUAAUGAUGAUGAUUUAACUUCUCUAACGUAGUAGUAGUCCUGUUUUCGCUUACCUUCUAAAUAUUUUUCUACGAAAUACCAUGUACUCACUAGUGACCAGCUUUAAAGGAAGCUCUAUUGAGAAGCCGUGACUUAAUGUAGUUCGACCAUGUUCAAUGUGAAAAGGUUACCCACCGACGACAGUGAUAGAUAGUCAUGCAGUAUCGCAGAUUACUUGGAGUCAUAUUUAUACACCUUCACUGUGCUAGAGAUCUCGCUUUCUUGUACGAAACCGAAUGUCUUGGUUCUGAUCCCUGGCUGCGGGGUCGUGGGUGCACACUGAUGAAUUCCAUACUAGAACUAAACGGUAGUCCAAUACCACCAAGUUUUCAGUGAUUGUCUAACACAGAUCUAUUCAUAAUGUCGAUAUAAUAGUUGGGGUUUUCGAACAACUAACACUUCCAUCUUUUGUGUCAGUUGCAUUAAACAAACAAUCUGCUCGUUGUAGAUAAAAAUGGACAAUCUAGUGUUUUUGUAUCAUGAUAGCUGAAUAGAUAUAUUUCAAUCAAUCGCAGAUUUUGUGAAAGUACUUUAGUCCAAGCUAAGUUGAGUAAACUAAAUAAUUAAAAUGUCAGUGAUGAGAAGAAUUUUACCCAUUAUCUUUCAAUAGUACUUGAAUGAAUAAAUAAAGUUACUUGUGUUUUUUUAAUUGUAAGAAUUUCUGUAAACUAUGUCUUAUCAACUGCUUGUCUAUUGAUGCAUAUGCAGAAGACUAUUUUCUGAGAACUUUUAACGUAGUCUAUUAAAUAUUAGGGCAUUACUUCGAAAUUUUAAUGUUUUGUCGAAUAGCACUUGUUGAAGUGAAAAAUGUCAUUUUAAAAGACAUCAACUUGACUAUAGACCACUAGAUUUGAGAAUCAUUCCUAAAUACUGUCGAUUAUAAAUGAAUUGUAUUACGAACUCAUUACUCUCGAUCGUUGUGUAUUCUACUGCUUCACUCUUAUAUAUGGAUACCCUAUUUCAUAAAACUAGUUACGUUAACGUUGAUUAUACAGCUGGUAAACUUAAUCCUUUAAAUCCAUUCCCUCGUUUUAUAGUUUGAUAUGAUAUUCACAGUUACUUUCCCAUUCUGUAUGUUGUGCGAUUGUACAUUAGAAAAAUAAACUCAAAGCUGUAUCCCUUCAUAAAUAAAGUUCUUGUUUAAC